UUCCUAGGGGAUGAGCAUAGAAAGGGUUACUUAGCAACCAAUUCGUUAUUUAUCCAGAAAAGUCCUUGUGACGUUCGAAACAUAAAAAGCUUUAAAAUAUUCGGAUUCUAAGUUGUUUUAACAAGAUAGUGUCCUUUUGGAAAAAAGACAAGAAUUUACUAACUAACACCAAACGAGGUUGCAAUAAAGAUGGAAAAGUACAAGAUUGUCCCCGACGUAAUAUCCAAAGCGCCCAGUCAAAUUGCCAAGGUAACAUUUCCCAGCGGUGUCACUGCAUCACAAGGUAACCAACUCAAGCCUCGUCAAGUUAAAGCUAUGCCUACAGUUGAAUGGGACGCAGAACCUUCCAAAUUCUACACUAUUUGCAUGACCGAUCCGGAUGCCCCCAGUCGCCGGGAUCCCAAAUUUCGGGAGUGGCAUCAUUGGCUUGUAGGUAACAUACCCGGAAAUAAUAUAACUGAAGGUGAUAUCCUUUCAGAAUAUAUCGGAUCUGCCCCUCCAAAAGGCAGCGGACUUCAUCGUUAUGUGAUUCUUGUCUAUCAGCAGAACGGGAAGAUUAAUUUCAAUUGGAAGAAGUUAGGAAAUAGGAGUGGAAAUGGACGAGGAAAAUUUUCUAUAAGAAAAUUUGCUGAGGAACAUGGCUUAGGAGAUCCGGUUGCUGGGAAUUUUUUCCAAGCCGAAUGGGAUGAUUAUGUAGCAGAGGUCUAUAAGCAGUUACAAGGGUAGACUAGCCCAGUUUAAGGUACCUAGGAUGCCUUUUCGAAAAAAUAGAUGUAUCUGAAUUUAAGGAUAUUUAAAUAAAUUCAGAAAUGAGCAUUCA